CAACUGGCUCUCGCCCGCGCACCCGCGCGCUUCCUCACUGCUUUGCCCAGCCACAACCUCCUCUGCCUUCCACCCGAGGGACCAUGUCGAGGCUCAGCUGGGGAUACGCCGAACACAACGGUCCUGUUCAUUGGAAUAAAUUUUUCCCUAUUGCUGAUGGUGAUCAGCAAUCUCCGAUUGAAAUUAAAACCAAAGAAGUGAAAUAUGACUCUUCCCUCCGACCUCUUAGCAUCAAGUAUGAUCCAAGCUCAGCUAAAAUCAUUAGCAAUAGCGGCCAUUCCUUCGUUGUUGACUUUGAUGACACAGAAGACAAGUCAGAAGACGAGUGCCCCAAGAAAAUGGUCUUCUCCACAAUGAGACAUUGGCUGAUAAUAAUCCCAGUUCUAUGUGGGGGCCCUCUGGCUGGAAGCUACAGGUUACGACAGUUUCACCUUCAUUGGGGGUCCACUGAUGACCAUGGCUCUGAGCAUGUGGUGGAUGGAGUGAGAUACCCUGCAGAGCUCCAUGUUGUCCAUUGGAAUUCAGACAAAUACCCCAGCUUUGUCGAGGCAGCUCAUGAGCCAGAUGGACUAGCUGUCUUGGGAGUAUUUUUACGGAUUGGUGAACAUAAUUCCAAACUGCAAAAGAUUACUGAUAUUUUGGACGCCAUUAAAGAAAAGGGUAAACAAACCCGAUUUACAAAUUUUGACCCAUUAUUUCUGCUUCCACCAUCCCGGGACUACUGGACAUAUCCUGGUUCUCUUACAGUUCCACCUCUUCUCGAGAGUGUCACUUGGAUCAUUUUAAAACAACCUAUAAACAUCAGCUCUCAACAGCUGGCCCAAUUCCGCGGUCUCUUGCAGACUGCUGAGGGGGAAGAAGCAGCUUUUUUGUUGAGCAAUCACCGUCCACCACAGCCACUGAAGGGCCGCAGAGUGAGAGCGUCUUUCCAUUAAAAGUUGUCACCAGUGGACCACCCACUCUCCAUGACUGUGGAGAACCAGCAAAACAAAGCAAAUAAAAAUCCCAGCUGAUAGUUUUUUCCUAGAAUUAUAACUUAUGGGUACCAUUUUACCAGCAGCUUCAAUGCCACAAAGGAAACCAGAUCUCUUUAACUAAACUAACUUAAUUCCUCUGUCUCAGAUUUGCCCUCAUGGAUAUUCAAGCCGUGAACAUUGUUUGACAUGUAUUAAAACCCAUGAAAUAUGUCAACUUCACCCUGGGUUAUAACAUGGUCAAUGUUGUAAGCCUCAGAAUAUAUUAAAAUUUUUACCAUAGGUA